AUGGCUUCUCAUCUCUCCCUCUCCAUCCUCCUCCUCAUCUUCUCCAGACUAUCAGGUAAGGGUAACAUGUUUCUAUGAAGUGCUGAAGUUGAGGUCAGGGACUGGGACUGGACACAUGCUGACACUCUGAAGACAGGAGCAGUAGCUUGUCUUAUCAAUAACACUUCCUGUAUUAUGUGUGUUAUAGUCCAGAUGGAAUGUCAUUUUACUGCUGUGAGAAUUUUAUUGAAUUCCAAUCUAGUGUGUUUUCUGUUGUUGUGUCUACAGGUGCUUAUCGUGUGUCUGUGAAGAUAGGAGGCUCCUCCACCAUCCCAUGUCCCUAUCAUCAGGAAUACAAAACCCAUGUGACAUACUUGUGUAAAGGAGACUAUUUUUAUAGUUGCUCCCCUGUUGUACACACUGACCCUCCUAAAAGCACAAAUAAGGUCUCAAUCUCUGAUGACAUCAACCAGCAAACAAUCAAUGUUACAAUGAUUGAUCUGGAGCCAGAGGACUCUGGACGUUACUGGUGUUAUAGAGAUCAGUGGUGGACCAAUAGUCCAGACAGGAUGGUUCGACCUAUCUGUCACUCCAGGUAAGAUCCCUGCAACUCUUCCAUAUGAUUACAUAACUGGUGUUCUGGUUUCAUUUACUGGUCUCACUAUUAUUGUUCAAGUUGACAUGAGGAAUGUUGGUAUAUGUCUACUUUCUGUUCUCUAUCCAUCAUAUCAUAAUUAUGAUAUUUGUGGUCAGUUGUUACAAAAAAACCACUUGAUCACUCAGGACCUUCUUUGGUGUGUGUACCUCUGUGUUCAGGUACUCCAGAACUCUAUGUGGACCAACAGGAGUUGACUGGAGUUGAAGGAGGGAGUGUCAUUGUAAAAUGUUACUAUGGUGACAUUGGACAUAUGAAGUGGUACAGGAUUGGUGGCAGUGUCUCCUGUGUGUGGGGGAAUUCUGGGACUCUAGAUGGAACAUCAGUGACCCUACAGCAGACCACAAGAAGAAACAUCUUAACGGUGACUAUGAGUGGUCUGAAGAUGGAGAACACUGGCUGGUACAGUUGUGAAGUUGGAGACCGUAUGAUGCCUGUUCACAUCACUGUCAGACGACAAACCACCACACAAAGUACCACCACUAUGACCAGUGAGUAGAGAGCAAUCAGAUACUGUAUUAUUAAGUAUUAACCUGGUUUUAUCCAGUCUUGCUGGCUUAUCAUCAGAAACAAAUUGAACUGUAUCCUGAUUCAAAGCUUUUGUGAAUAAUUAGCGGUCCUACCAUUGGUUUGAACUCAACAGUGCUAAUACUAAGUUAAAAUCCAUAUGUUGGGGUAAAUGAAAUAAGCUGGACAAGAAGGUCAUAUCUUAGCCACAAUGUCUUGUUACAGUUCAGUCUACCCUGUGUCUCUCUGGUACACCAGUCAUAAUACCAUUGUUGUUUUUACCUCACAGCAACCCAAGCUCCAACCACUGAACAAUCCUCUUUCUCUCCAACUGCUGAGCCUGUUCAGACUGACAACACAGUCCAAGGACCUGAGGGGGGCAAGGAGAAGGACACCAUGAGGUAAUGAUCACUCAUUCAACUGUAUUUCACAAUUACUCUUCCAAAUGGAUGGCAAUAGAAAUAUUAUGAAGAAAGGGAACAUUUUCUGUUUUUCACACUAGAGCUUCAGGCACAAAAACACCCUCCUUAAAAAUGUCACACCGAGUAAAGGCCAAGACACUGUUAUAGAGACAUUUACCAUCAUAGAGACAUUUACCAUUUCCUCAUAUCUCUGUGGUUGUCAAAGUAGCAGCAUUCUAUUCUUGGAUGGUCAAGUUUCAUGCAUAAAAGGUGUGAAGAGCUGAACAAAUGUUUCCAUGUUGUCAUAUUAGCACAAAAAACAUAAACCAAAUAAUAAUAAUCUAUUUAACUGUGAUAUUUCAUGGACUGUAUUUUAUAAUAAACAUAGUCUUUCACCAUCAGUUCCAUAGAUCUAAAAGUCCUACUGAUUCCUCUGGGCAUGUUGGUGGUGGUGAUAGCUGGUGUCUUAGUCACAUGGAAGAUGUGGAGAAAUCAUAGUAAGUAUUCAUUCUAUAAUGACUAUAUUGGAAAAGUUAUAAGUUUGAUUUUUGAGAUAUUUUCAUGAGACAUCAAUAUUUUCCUUGAAGGCAACUGUAUUAGCCUGUUAUAACCAAUGUAUCUUGACAUAAGAGGAGGAGACUCAAAAGUAUAACUAUUCUAUGAUUAAUGUAUUCAGUAUUAUUCUAGUGUAUCUCAGAGGUCUCUAAUACUGCAUCUCUCUUUCUUUAUUCCAGAGGACAAUAAGGCCAUGGACCAGACAACAAACACCUCAGUGGUAGGCUACACUCAUGUUCCUCUCAUCUGACUCAAGGCCUUGUGGGUAAGACCCUGUCUGUGAAAAAUGCAGGACAUGGACAUAAGAUGCACUUAAAACAACACAUUAGCCCUUCAGCUUAAUGUCCAUUGUAUUGUAACUGUACAAUGUAUAUAUGUUAACUCUAUAUUCAGUGUGAUUUCAGUUUCUAUAAGUGUUUUGCAGUGUAGAGCUAAUAAUAGGAUCUGUAGUGAGGUCAGUGGUUAAGGUGUUGUGAUUUCCUGUUGAGCUUUGCAGACACAGUAGGCCUAUGUUGCUUCUCUGUCCUGUUCCUAUUUAACCUGACUGACACUGUGCUGUUUGAGAGGAAGAACGCUCAUAUCUUAAUGUUGUUAAAACAAAUACAUACCUUAUAUUGUGGAUUAUGUAAAUAUCCAAAGGUAUCUCAUACAUGUAGACUGAUGAUGAGUUUUUAUCAUCAACCCCCUUUGUGUGUUUCUACCAGCAGGACCCAUUUCCUGCCAAUGGUGAUGAUGUGACUUACAGCACUGUUGUCCCCAAGAGGAGGAACCAGCUAAAUGUACAGACCAAGGUAAGGCUGCUAUUCUGAUCACUAUGAUGUUAAUAUACUGAACAAGAAUAUAAAUGCAACAUGCAACAAUUUCAAAGAUUCUAUUGAUUUACAGUUCUUUAUAAGGAAAUCAGUCAAUUGAAAUAAAUGAUUAGCCCUAAUCUAUGGAUUUCACAUGACUGGGAAUACAGAUAUGCAUCUGUUGGUCACAGAUACCUUUAACAAAAAGGUAGGGGCGUGGAUCAGAAAACCAGUCAGUAUCUGGUGUGACAGCCAUUUUCCUCAUGCAGCAUGACACAUCUCCUUCGCAUAGAGUUGAUCCGACUGUUGAUUGUGGCCAGUGGAAUGUUGUCCCACUCCUCUUCAAUGUCUGUGCAAAGUUAAUGGAUAUUGGCGGGAACUGGAACAUACUGUCAUACACGUCAAUCCAAAGCAUCCCAAACAUGCUCAAUGGGUGACAUGUCUGGUGAUUAUACAGGCUAUGGAAAAACUGGGACAUUUUCAGAUUCCAGGAAUUGUGUACCGAUCCUUGCUUCUUGGGGCCGUGCAUUAUCAUUCUGAAACAUGAGGUGAUGGCGGCGGAUGAAUGGCACGGUAAUGGGCCUCAGGAUCUCACCAUUGUAUCUCAGUGCAUUCAAAUUGCCAUCGAAAAAAUGCAGUUGUGUUCCUUGUCCAUAGCUUAUGCCUGCCCGUACCAUAACCCCACUGCCAUCAUGGGGCACUCUGUUCACAAUGUUUACAUCAGCAAACUGCUCGCCAACACGACGGCAAACACGUGGUCUGCGGUUGUGAGGCCGGUUGGACGUACUGCUUAAUUAUCUAAAACGACGUUGGAGGCGGCUUACGGUAGAGAAAUUAACAUUCAAUUCUCUGGCAACAGCUGUGGUGGACAUUCCUACAGUCAGCAUGCCAAUUGCACGCUCCCUCAGAACUUGAGACAUCUGUGGCAUUGUGUUGUGUGACAAAACUGCACCUUUUAGAGUGGCAUUUUAUUGUCCCCAGCACAAGUUACACCUGUGUAAUGAUAAUGCUGUUUAAUCAGGUACUUGAUAUACCACACCUGUAAGGUGGAUGGAUUAUAUUGGCAAGGGAGAAAUGCUCAAUAACAGGGAUGUAAACAAAUUAAUUAAAUUAAUUAAAAUUAAAAGCUUUUCUUGACUUUGUUGAUAAAAAGCUUUUGGGAAAUCUUAGUGGUCCUACCAUGGGUUUGAACUCAACAAAAUCCACAUGUUGGGGCAAAUGAAAUAAGCUGGACAAGAAGGUCAAAUCUUAGCUACAAUGUCUUGUUACAGUUCAGUCUACCCUGUGUCUCUCUGGUACACCAGUCAUAAUACCAUUGUUGUUUUUACCUCACAGCAACCCAAGCUCCAACCACUGAACAAUCCUCUUUCUCUCCAACUGCUGAGCCUGUUCAGACUGACAACACAGUCCAAGGACCUGAGGGGAGCAAGGAGAAGGACACCAUGAGGUAAUUAUCACUCAUUCAGCUGUAUUUCACACUUACUCUUCCAAAUGGAUAACAAUAGAAAUAUGAAGAAAGGUAACAUUUUCUGUUUUUCACACUAGAGUGUAUGGUACAAAACCACCUUCCUUAAACAUCUUCACACCGAGUAUAGGCCAAGACACUGUUAUAGUGACAUUUACCAUCAUAGAGACAGAGACAUUUACCACUUCCUCGUAUCUCUGUAGUUGGAAAUGCAGUGCUCUUCCUCCUGUGCACCAUCAUUGCUGUGGUGAAGUUCAGGGCACACUGACUCUG